GGCGAGGGGCGCUCACGCCCCGCCUCCCAGGUGAUUGCCAGGUUGCGGGGUCACGUGACACGCGGAGCCGGGCAGCGGCGAGUUGCUGUAGGGACGGGGAGGCGCGCCCGGGACGCCGUCGGCGGAGCGGCGCGGAGCAGCGCGGAAUGGCGCGUGUGGCUCUUCUGUGGGGCUGGUUCCUGCUUGGCUGCAGCUGGGGCCCGGGCCCCCCCGGUGCCGGUGCCGCCGCGCUCUUGAAGGCCACCUACGUGCUGGAUGAUGCCGGCGGGCUGGGCAGGCAGUUCGACGGGAUCGGGGCUGUCAGCGGCGGCGGGGCCACAUCUAGACUACUGGUGAACUAUCAAGAACCUUAUCGCUCCCAGAUUUUAGAUUACUUGUUCAAGCCAAAUUUUGGUGCUUCUUUACAUAUCUUCAAAGUAGAGAUCGGAGGUGAUGGACAAUCAACAGAUGGUACUGAACCCUCCCAUAUGCACUAUGAAAAUGAUGAGAACUACUUCCGGGGCUAUGAAUGGUGGCUGAUGAAAGAAGCUAAAAAGAGGAACCCUAAAAUUAAACUGAUUGGAUUACCUUGGACAUUUCCAGCAUGGAUAGGGAAGGGCGAAAACUGGCCCUAUGACUAUCCAGAUGUCACUGCUUACUAUAUUGUUUCUUGGAUAUUGGGAGCUAAACAGUAUCAUGAUUUGGACAUUGAUUAUAUUGGGAUAUGGAAUGAAAGGGCAUUUAAUAGCAAAUACAUUAAGCUGUUGAGGUACACAUUGGAUAAGCACAGUCUGCAGCAGGUGAGGAUCAUAGCCAGCGAUAGACUGUGGGAGCCCAUUUCCUCUGUCUUGCUGCUUGACUCUGAGCUCCACGAAGUGGUCGAUGUGAUUGGGGCUCACUAUCCUGGAACAAAAACAGUGCCAAAUGCCUUAUUAACUAAGAAGAAACUGUGGUCUUCCGAAGAUUACAGUACUUUCAAUGAUGAAGUAGGUGCAGGCUGCUGGGCUCGAAUCUUGAACCAAAACUACGUAAACGGAAACAUGACAUCAACCAUUGCAUGGAACUUGGUGGCUAGUUAUUACGAAGAGUUGCCCUUUGGUCGAUGUGGAUUAAUGACAGCACAAGAGCCAUGGAGUGGCCACUACAGAGUAGAAGCUCCUAUUUGGAUUACAGCACACACAACACAGUUUACUCAGCCGGGCUGGUCAUACUUGCAAGUGGAUGGACACUUAGAAGGAGGUGGCAGUUUUGUAGCUCUGACAGAUGGCCUAGGAAACCUUACAAUCAUCAUUGAAACCAUGACUCAUAAUCACUCUCAAUGCAUCAGGCCUCCACUGCCUCAUUUCAGUGUGACACCUCAGAAAGCAACUUUCUACCUCAAAGGGUCGUUUUAUUUGGUGGAAACCCUUCAAGUGUGGUAUUCUAGACUUGGUUUUGAAUCUGGAAACUCUAGCCUUUUUCAGCAACUCCAUCCUGUAAAGGUGUGGAAGGGAAGUUUUUCUUUAGAUCUAAAUGUGGAUGAAGUCUACACUUUAACCACACUCAAGACAGGGCAGAAAUGUGGUUACCCAGAGCCUCCACCACCUCAGCCCUUUCCUUCAAAUUACAAAGAUGAUUUCAAUAUUCGUGAUCCACCUUUCAGUGAAGCCCCAAAUUUUGCAGAUCAAACAGGUGUAUUUGAGUACUUCAUAAAUGUUUCUGACCCCGGAGAUCAUGUGUUCACACUCCGCCAGGUGGUGGUUCAACGACCCAUCACUUGGGCUUCUGAUGCAGACCAGACCAUCAGUAUCAUAGGAAAUUUUCAGUGGGUAAACAUGACAAUCACUUGUGACAUCUACAUAGAAAAACAACGUGAUGGGGGCGUGUUUAUUGCAGGAAGAGUCGACAAUGGUGGAAUAUAUGUUCGACGUACCAAAGGAGUUUUCUUCUGGGUUUUUGCAGAUGGCACCUACAGAGUCACUGGUGACCUAGCUGGAGAAGAAAUAUUAAUGAAAGGACUUUCUGGUGUCCGGGAUAACGCAUGGCACACACUUACUCUCAACAUUCAGGGCACUUCUACGUCAGGACUGCUAAAUGGUUAUCCACUCUGGGAGAAUGUCACCAUUUCUAAACCAAGUAAUGGCUGGGCUGCAAUUGGAACUCAUUCGUUUGAGUUUGCACAGUUUGACAACUUUCAUGUUGAAGCUAGCUGAGGUGGCUUCGGCGUUUGGAGUACCCAGUUCUCAUAUUACUUUGAAUAAGAGCCAGUUCAAACUUUGAGGACAACUUGAUGCUAUGCUGAGGUUGAUUUGCUGGCAAGGAACCUGAAUUCUGUCCUUAUUAUUUGUUAAAGGUUUACUUUAGUAGGUAUCAACUUGACUGUAACUUUAUCCCCUCGUUCCAUGGGAUUUUUGUGGGUAAAUUUUAGUUCAAGGUAAUUAUGAAAACAAAAUCAUGAAUUUAAAUCUCUUAAUAAUAUCUUAACUUCCCAGCUCACUUUUAAGAUAACUUCAGAAGUUAACAGAAGACAGAGGCAUCUCAAGCUGCAUUUUUAACACUUACAUGAUUGUGUCCAUUCCUUUCACUCUGAAAGAAUGAAAUGCCAGUAAGCCUUAUGAGCCAGUGGCCCCAUGCUUUUGUAGGUCUGUCAUUCUCAAAUUUCACUUGGAUGAAGUACCUAGUUUUUCUGUAGUUAAAAAAAGAUGUUUUGUCUGUUUUUCUGUUACAGUCUGAGUCUAGAGAUUGCAAUAAUCCAAGAGCAUUUGAUUACUUCUUCCUGAUGACUUGUUCCAACUUUCAUUGCCAGCCCUAAAAUAGAUCACAUUUUCAGUGGGAUGGAAAUGUGACUUAUGGCUGAUCAGGCAGUGCAGGAUGUGCCUUACUUCUAAACUACCUCCUCUAUCCAAUGAAAGGGUUAAAAUGGAUGAAAAGAUACCAUAACUUGUCACUACUGGUAGCCUUGUGGGUUUUUUUGCAUGAUGCAAAGAAUGAAAACUUUGCAUCAUGGAUGCUGGCAAGCAGAGUGCUUACUUUUGUGUCAGGUCACGUAGAAAAAAGUCUUUUGCUUCUAGAAACUUGGGCAACCAUCUCUCACUUUUGAUGGAUCUAAAGUUUAGAGCAGAAAAUACUUAAAGCAUAACAAUGUUAUUUGGCUUAUUAUAUUACUGUAGCACAGAAUAGAUAUGGAUACUAUCACAUACUGGUAUAAAAUAAUAAUAAAAAAAAAAACCAAACAAAUAAAAAAACCCCCCAAAAAAACAAAAACCCAAAAGUCUUUGCCCUUAAGAGCUUGCAACCUCUUCAUAAGGUAAGUGACAGCAGGUGGAUGCAGACAGAAUUGUUUAGUGUGCCAGGCAGUGGUAUUGACACAGUAGUGUCUGUUUUAAAACUUUUCACAGAGAAAAGCUCAGAGGGAAUUUCAGAUCCUUGGGAAAGCAGGGGUUCUGUUUCACUGUUCCUUCAUUUUUAUUUUUUUUUUCCAUGUUGCCAUGCUACUGAAAAAAAAAAAAAAAAUUGAGAAUAUAAUGAGGUACUGAAUGGGAUUUCCAUCACACGCAUUCCAAAUUAAUUGGCUUCUGAAUUAUUCUUGUUUUCUCUUGGUCAAUUUGAAUUAAGAUGAUGUCUCUUGCCAUAACGAAACAUGCCUCUCGUGUCCGUCUACUUUUCAUAUUUACAUCCUAUUUCACUGAUAAGCAAGUAGUUCCACAGACUUAAUAGGGCACUAAUAGCUGCAUGAGGCUAUCUGUAGCAGGCAAUAUCUUGAGAAACAGAUUUGCAGUAUCUUUCAAUUUAUACAGGUUAUUCUGAUCCACUUUAUUUUGAAGGAUGAUUCCAGUGUUACCUUCAGUCUUUGAAGUUGUCAUCUAAUAUAGGGUUAAUGUACUACGAAUCAUUACUGGAAAGUUUUUAUAAAGGUUAUCUUCCAAAUUAGCUUUUAGAGAAGAAAUUUCAAAAUUCCAUCUCCAAAAAGUAAAAAUUUCUUAUCUUUUAGCUAUUAUACUGAUACUGCUAUUGAUUGCUUAUGAAUCAUUCAUAUGUGCAAGUUUCAUACAUGCUAGUAACCUUGAAAAAUAGUCCAAACUGCUAAACUUUAAAACCCUUGUAGAAGGCUUUCGAAUAUUAAGUAACUAUUUAUUUAACUUGGUGAAAAAUGAAAGCCAUUUUUCCACUUCAGUUUCAUUUGAUGGUUGAAGUAUGGAUGCAAAUCUGUUCAUUACUUCCUUGAUUUCAGAAGGGAUGUCACUGGUAACUCCAGAUGUGAAGGAAUCUAAUUUUAGGUCCUUAGGUCCUCAUAUUCAAGUAAUAUGGGUAUAGGAGAAGUAGUUCUCAGAAUAAACUUAUCUUAGCUGUGAUGGAUUUUCCUAGUAGGAUGCUUCUUGGAAAUUUCCUGGUAGCUUGUGUGGCUGCAAGCAGUGUUUGUGUAAGAGAGAGCAGCAGUGAUGCAGUUAUUCCAAAGGACCUGUCCCAUUUUUUUACCUUUUAAUGCACUAAUGUAAUAAACUGUACUGUUACAUUGUGUACUAAAAACAAUGUAUUUUAUCACUGGAAGUGUUGAUUUUUUUUUUUUUUUUUCUAAUCUUAAUUUAUAAUGUUAGAAGAUUAAACUCUAACGAACAAAGUGAUUUAAUGGUGAUAUAACGUUAUUCAUCUUUAUAUGUCUGUAAUUAUUCACCCUUCAGCAGGCUGUAAUAUGUUUGGCAAUAACAAGCUGUCAGAUCUUUCGCUGAGGGGUGGAUUUAUGUUGUCGAUUAUAAAUACUAAUCAUUCCAAAUGGACAAAUAAAACAAUUAAAACCCC